AAAAGACCAUGACUGUCAAGAAUAGUAUCUACAAUGCCUGCCCGCCGAGGCGCACUCUUGUGGCCACAAAGUCGGACAGUGACAUUUAUGCCAUUCAGGGCAACAGUAAUGACAAUAUCCGUGUCGUUGUCCGGGUGCGGCCGGAAAAUACGCAAGAGAAAGCCAGCAGAGUCAAGCAUUGGUCUGUUAUCAGAGUCAUGGGAGAACAUGUACUGGUCUUCGACCCCAAGGACGAUGAUCCCACAGUGGAGUUCUAUCGGAAUAAACCACGCACUGGUCGUGAUAUCAUGAUUAAGCCGAAACGUGAUCUCAAGUUUGCGUUUGAUCGUGUUUUUAAUGACCAGUGUACGAAUGAUAUUGUCUACGACCACACUGCCCAGUUUGUUGUGGAUGGAGUUCUCAAUGGAUACAAUUGCUCAGUGUUUGCAUACGGAGCGACUGGGGCCGGGAAGACGUUCACGAUGUCUGGUACGCCGCAGAAUCCCGGCGUGAUGUAUCAGACCAUGAAGGACCUCUAUGACCGGAUUGAGAACAUCAGAGAGGAGAAGAUCUGUGAGGUGACGGUGUCUUAUCUUGAGGUUUAUAAUGAGACAGUUCGAGACCUCCUGUCCAUCAACCACCAACAGAGCUUGCCAGUCCGGGAGGAUCCAAAGUUGGGGGUCCAAAUUGUUGGUCUAUCCUACCAUAAGCCUGACAGUAUGGACCAUGUGAUGGGGCUGCUCUUAGAUGGGAACCGGAAUAGGACGCAGCAUCCGACUGAUGCGAAUGCUGAGUCGUCACGAUCACAUGCAGUAUUUCAGAUUUUUGUCCGACAGCGAGACAGGACGGCUGCCACACACGUAGACCACCGCAUCGCCAAGAUGUCCUUGAUUGACCUGGCAGGAUCAGAACGUGCCACAGUAACCAAGAAUUGUGGGACGCGGUUCAGAGAGGGCGCUAACAUCAACCGAUCGUUGUUGGCGCUUGGAAACGUUAUCAAUGCGUUAGCAGACGGAAAGGUGAAAUCACAACACAUUCCGUACCGUGACAGCAAACUGACUCGUAUCCUGAAAGACUCGCUCGGUGGUAACUGUCGCACGGUGAUGAUAGCGAAUAUCAGCCCGUCAAGUUUGUCGUUCGAGGACACGUACAAUACACUGAAAUACGCAGACAGGGCUAAGCAUAUCAAAGCAGAGGUCAAGAGCAAUGUUGUCAGCGUGGACCUGCACGUCCAUCGCUAUGAGAAAAUCAUCGACGAUUUACGCCAAGAGAUUAUUGAACUGAAACGCGACCGUGAUGAUGUAUUUCAUGGGAUGGCACUCACGCCACGAGUAUCGUCAACUGGUGUACCCUAUCAGGAGGAAAUAAAAAAGUACCAGACGGUUAUCACGAGUGUGUUCAGCAAGCGGCUUGACACGCGUAAGGACCUGAUGGAACUUGAAGGAGCCGAGCGUGACCUCUCACUCAAGCUUCAUAUCCGUCAGAUGUGUCUCUCCAGGGUGCCCCUGGUCGCAUUAGACUCGGCUGUUAUAGAAAAGAAUGCUGAAAAGCUGCAACGUACGAUGAGGACUAAUGUCAACAGUCUGGAAGGCAUCGCCAAGAGAAAAGUGCCGUUGACGAAGAAAAUGGGUGAAAAUGAUGCGUGGUUGUCCCGUGCAAUGACAGAGAUUGAAAAAGUCAGCGCAGAUUCUUUGGAGUUAGGGGAAACGUUGGAGCAGACGAUUUCAUUCAAACAUCUGGAAGUCGAACUGGCAGAUUCGCGACAACAUAUCGCACAUCUGAAAAAAGUCGCACGCGCACAAGAGCGGCAGUUGCAGACAGACUCAAACUUGAUCAAACAGUUGUUGCAGGUUGCGAAGCGGCAGUUUCUCCUGCUGAAAGGGAGUGGUCAGGCUGAUUCGACGUUCGUGGCCGAUUUCAACCGGAUUGAAUCUCUAGUUUGCGGAGGGAGAGAAGUUGUGUGGGCCGAUGAGUCGUCGCAGGUCAACAAAAUGGACAAUUUCAAUUUGGAGUCGGUGUUGAAUUUUCCGGUGUUGACCCAGGCACCGGAGGCGCUGAAGAGGGCGAGAAUUUCUACAUCAAAUACGACCAUCUUGACUCCAAGUCGAAGACUAACCAGAGUGCACCAGACGCCGAGAGAUAGUUCCUCAUACCAGCCGCGCUCAACCGCUACACCAUCUGUCAAUGAUCAAAUCCCUGAUGACAAGACACCGGGAACAGAAAACAAAAACCUCGUAUGCUUUGCUGGGAGAACGCCAAUAGCAAAACCUGUGGUGCACCCUAGUGUUGACGUGGAGAACCGAAACGUUGUUGCAGCGUCUGGGUCGAUUACGGACUUGAUUAGUGCAAGCGACGAACAGCUACGGAAGGGCGAUUCCGUUGAAUCGGUGGUCGCGAAAGCUGUCUUGAAACGGGGCAUAAUGACAGUUGCUCUAACGCAUCCAAACCUGACAAAUACUGGGACACCUGGUGGUGACAAAGUGAACUAUUCAGAUGCUUGUGACACGGAUUCGACAUUCACUGUCGGGACGAUGAUAAAAAAUUCAAGUAGUGUCCAUGCUGGGUUGCCGGUUGCAUUGUUCCAAGGUGUUGGCCAGACGGUUACGAAGUCACAAGCUGAUAUGACCGCCUCGACCGGUGUGAACAGAGUUCCUUGUACCCCUGUGUCAGGACAGAAACCAGGUGUGGUGCGGGCGAUGGAUUUCUCAUGCUCCAGGAGUCCUGGCCAGAUGUCAUAUGCUGAUGCGGUGAAGUCGCCCCCAAGUCUCACAGCUGGCAUGCAUAAGGAAGGGGAAGCAGACGCACUGAACACCUUCUUGUCACCAAAUUCCGGCAUCCAACCGUUGCCGAUCACACCGGAGUUGCCCACGAGGAAGUCGCCGAUUAGUGACACUGGGCUGAUGCAGACACCGAAAAUGGAUUUAAAUAAACUUUAUGGCAGUCAGUCAUCGGAGAGUGUGAACUCACCAUUCGGUUCGGGUCUAGCACGGAGGGUUAAAAGUCCUACGAAUCAAUUUCCACCACCUGUACGCGUCCCGCUGAGAGAUACGAACAGUAACCACAACCAGAAUAACGCCACUGAAAACGAGGCUCAGCAGAAGUGGAUGACGGUUUCGCCAAAGAAAUCCAAGCACGGCGAGAAUAGCAAACGGAAUGGUAGUCUGAAUUCAUCGCAGAACACUAACGGGCGUGUUCAGGGUUUCGGUUACGGUCCGAGCGUCAAUCGGAAGAGCUUCUAUGAGAGUCAGCGACAGAAGGCAAAGCAUCAGAAGAGUCUGGAGGUGUUGAAGCGGGCCGGGUUGCCUUCCAUGUCGGAGAAAAAGAGCGAAGGCACCGCCCCGGGAUACAUGCAGAUGACGGCCGCUGCAAAGAGGCGCUUGCAUGACAGGUCACAGACGGCCAAGGAAAAUGAGUAUCCUGUGAGUAACAUUGGAAAAGCUGUCAGACAACCGGUGAAAGCACGCACACAGUCGGGCCCACAGCGUUGUGCAAAACCUGCUUGGCAGUAAGGACGACACUCCCAUAUCAUCAAGUAUGGAUCCCUAAUAUCCAUUCAUUGUGCUCUGCAGUGAUUGAAUGGGUUGUGAUAGGUAGUCCACUUAUGUGUCACCUGUGUAUAUGUGUACAUGUAUAAGGCAAUGCUGUGUCGCUACUAAAUAAGCUGGUUGAGCCAUUCUGUUACACAUAGGCCUAUUACACGUAAAAUAUGCCUUUUGUGUACAUGAAGGUGCCUCGCAAUUGGCUAAACUGUUGAAAAAAUGUAUAGAUGUGUACAAAUUAUUCAUAUAUCGGCCAUCUUUUUGUAAUCGUGCAAUAAUCAUGUGUGAGAAAGGACAUUCCUAUAAUAAUGAUGAUGAUGAUGAUGAUGAUCAGUCAACUCUCAUUUCCUUUCCAUUGGGAGAAGUGGCCUCUAAGAGUGCAUUUAACUUUUGUGCUUUCUGCGUUUAUAUUCAAAAGACAGUGAACUCCUCUCUUUUGAAGGAAAAUGGCUUUGGUACCAAAUUGCUAAUUUCUAUGCAGUUUGGUCACUGUAAUCGAGAAAAGCAUUUGUCACUUCCACAAGGUGUCCUUGUUCAAAAAGUGAGUCCAGUUCAAGAUUAAGGAGUGGUCUGUAAAGAUAUUGGUGUAAAUAACUGUACAUAUUAGCAAGUAUGGAUCUAUACUUGAUAUUAGGAAGACAAAUAUGGCACUGUUAUAUUAGAUAAGGUAAAUUGGUACAAUCAUAGUCGCGGUUGUCGGAACAAGUAUAAUCUCUGUGUGCAUUUAUGUGUACUGUCAGCUGAUUUCUACACUGAAGGGGCUAUAACUGUACCUUGGCUAUACUUGUAUCAAUUUACCUUAUAUCACUAUUCUGAAUGCAUUUAGUGAGUAAUAUUCUUGUGUUUGUGUAUAUUAUGAAAUCACUGCCUGCCUGUGAUUUUGCAAUCAUGGAUGAAUGAGAAUAAAAUGA